AUGUCGACAUCGGGGGCGCAGUUCAGAGUUCAGUCAAUGCAGACGGAAAGCAAGGCGCCACGGUUCCGAGAGCCUUACGAAGAAAUCGGCAGCACCAAAAACCUCUGGCGGCGCGUGGCCCUGUCCCGAUUGAUAAGUGUGAUGACUCUUUCUCUUCCCGCCAAUAGAGCCGUCAGGGGUGGUCACAAGCCCACGCUCAUGGAUUAUGCCGUGGGCAACUACCAGAGGCCGCCUGUUGCCGUGUCGUGA